GCUAUUAGAUAUUUUCGGUCCUAAGACAUUCGGUCACACUGCGCUAAAAAAGCGGGAGCGCUUUCAAAAAAAAGAAAAAAUAAGCGGUGUGUUUUCAAGCUCCAAACUCGCCGAACUAGAAUAAUGCCGAGGAAAAGUGAAGCCAGGCGCACAAUGAGAGGGUCAAAGCCGACGCUGGGCGACACGGACGCGGAGAACGACGACGACACGGCUUUCCGAUCGCCGGACCCGGAAGAUGUCACCGACUAUGGCUUGGAGUUCACCAGCAGCCGCCUGGAGCUGCAGGAGACGGCCAAUCGCCGCUGCUCGACGCUGCGCAAGCGCUCCGACGCACGUCCUGCGGACACGACCUUGUCGAGCGACGAGGAGGAUCAGGAAAAUCGCCAACCGGCAGCCAGAUCGGCGGGGACGCGCCGGAUGGCCCAUCAGCAGGGGAGCCGCCCCUUAGCUCAAACCCAGCAAGCCAGGACUCUGGCUCCAGCUUCGGCUUCAGGCUCACGACCAGCCGCUGUUCAGCCACCGCCCCGGCGACGCAAGCCCGGCAAUCCCAUGAGCAAAGCCCAAAGGAUGGAUCGCGAGAUCCGGCGGCUGCAGAACCAUCCCGGCCUGCUCAUACCCAAACUGCCGUUCUCACGCCUGGUGCGCGAACUGAUCAUCAAACACAGCCAAGGAGACCCAAUGCGGGUCACCGAGGGAGCCUUGCUCGCCAUGCAGGAGUCCAGCGAGAUCUUCCUGACGCAGCGGCUCACCGAUUCCUACUUGCUCACCAAGCAUCGUCAGCGCGUCACGCUGGAGGUGCGCGACAUGGCGUUGAUGGCUAUGAUUUGUGACCGGGCUCAUUCUUAGUCCAGUUAAGUCAUCUAGCCUAGUUAGUAGUAAGAAUGUUGCCGUUUUAAGUUGAAAUCCUGUUAAGUUAACUGUACCGAAAGUUCAAGGACCAGAACGAAUCUGGAUCGGCAUGUUUAAGAUUUUAAGUUUUUUAUAAUAUAUAUUUCCACUUUUGUAAGACCCAAACUAUUCUGGUGUAAUUAUUAUUUCAGCACAUAUAUGUUCUUCUGUACUCUUUUUGAUUUAAUUCAUUGCCGUGA